GGCAACAAUUUAUCUGUCCUAUCACAGAGCUUUAUGAUUUGCUGCAGUUUGAAUUUCAAGAUGUAUUCAUAACAUCUUCAGAUUUUGUUAAAUGUAUUUGUGUGAUUAGAAACCUGUACAUUACUUUUAUAUACUUAAUUUACCUUAAUUAUGAAAUCUUGUGAAGAUAAUGAAGAUUUGUUUUCUACCAUAUUAGCUGAGCUUAAAUCAUUGGGUGUGAAAGUUCCUAAAGCGAAGAAAUUAAAGUCAGGUGUAACAAAACAGGAGAAAGUAUCACAAGAGACAGCAAGCAAAAUAUUUGGAGUUAAUUUGAGUGAGCAAGAAUGGGUAACUGAGGCUGAUUUCCUUUUACCAAAAUUCAUUGCAUCAUCUACUGCGUAUUUAUUAAAAUACAAAGAUAAAGAAGUUGGUCUUUUUCGCAAAGCUGGUUCAAUUGCAAGACAGAGAGAUUUACGGGUUAAAUUAGAGAAAGGAGAAGAUUUUGAAAAGGCUGAACCAAAUGAUGUAGCAUCUCUUUUAAAACAAUGGCUAAGAGAGUUGCCAGAAUCUUUAAUUCCUACAUAUUUACAUGAUUUGUUCAUUAGAUGUAACAGUUUAGCUGAUGAUGAGAAUCGUCUUACUGCAACACUUUUAUCUUGUCUUCUUCUCCCUGCUUGCCAUCUGCAUACAUUGAAGUAUUUAAUGCAUUUCUUGGCUGAUAUUGCAUCUAACUGUAAUAAAAAUAAAAUGGGUCCUCACAAUUUAGCUUUAAUCAUGGCACCAAAUAUUUUUGUUUUCGCAAAUGAUAUUGCAAAAUCAAGUAAUAAUCUUGUACAACUACAUUCAUCAGUAAUUCAAUUAUUGAUUGAAAAUGCUGAUAAAAUUGGAGAAGUUCCUGCUUCUGUGUCUUUACAACCAUCUGUAUUAAGUGCUGAUGAUUUAGACUCAUCCGGUGAUAUUUUGGAUAGUAGUCCACAUAGAUCAAAGAAGAAACGGAGGAGUGGCCCUGUACAAGAUCUCUUCACUGGCAUAAGGAAAUUAGUAGGACAAAAUUUAACUCCUCCAUCUCAGCGAAAAAGAACACCAGAGCUUUGUGGAACUGAUCCACUAUCAUACAAGCGAAAAGCAGAUCCUGAACAGAUGGCAACAAGGGUAGCAAAAAAGCAGGCAGUUGCUAGAAAAAUGAGCCAUGAUGUAGUAAAUAUCACCCCUAAUAAUAAAGUUCAUAACUCUGGAGUAACAAGUGAAAAAGUCAAAAAUCAUCAUCGUCGCAAAUCCUUUGGUUUACUUCGAAGGAAGAGAUUAAAAUCUUGCAAAACAAGCCAAGAGCAAAGCCAGCUGUUGCAUGCUGAUAAUGAUAAUUUUGAUCAUUUAAAGACAAAGGAAAAUUUGACACAGCUUUAUAUCUUACAGGAGGUUACAAUUUAUAAUAAAACUCAGACUGAAAGACUGCCAGAGUCAGAUCUAGCUACCGAAGCAACUGGAAAACAAGAUGUUACAUUGAAUUCUCCAAAAAAUACAUCAAACAACUUUCUGACAGUCCCAGAAAGAUCUUUUUCACCUCCAAGUUCUUCUCCUUAUAAUUUGCGAUCAGGCACCCUUUUUGAAAUGCCUGUUAAUGGAAUCAAGUUUUCAAAUGAAUUGAAGCUUGAAGUUGCUUUUGACAGUAUCAGGAAAUCAAAAGAACGAAAAUAUUCUAGAAGGCAGUCCAUUUUAAGUGUAUCAGCAGAUAAUACACCAAUAAAAAGACGUACUAGUUGUAGAGUGAAGACUUUUGUGUCAGAUGGGAAUAUUAGAAGACACGAAAAAAAUGAUAAUCUUGCACAAGGUAAUGCCAAAAGUAAUAGCCCUAAUCUUUUUAAAUACAACUAUAAUAAUGGUAACAAUACUAGGGUAAAUGGAACCUGUGAAGGUAUUUUGCUUGAAAGUAAUAGAAUAAAGAGCUGUGCUACUGAAAUAAUUAGUGAGCAGAAAAAUGUCACUAUUUCUUCCCCAUGUAAAACUGUGUUAAAAAAUAAUUUGGAAAUCCCAAAGAAUAAUGUGUCGGAAGCAUAUAAAGCAUAUCACAAGCCUACUAUAUCAAGACAAGAAGCAUUCAUCAUAAAGACCAACAAAGAGAAGAGAUCAGGAAAUGAGACUUCUGAAGUUAAAAUUACUGAUACAAAUAAUCAUGCACGUGCUACAGAAAAUGAAGGUGAAAGGCUGUCUCUUCAAGAAGGCAUUAAUAGAGGCUUAGAUUCUGAUAAAUUUCUUAUAAAUGAGAAUAAAAAUGACUCUUGUGCAACUAGUGUACGAACACCUGAAACUAGGCGAUCGAAAAGAAAAUGCAGAAAUGGAUCUAUUGUUAGAGGUCGUCCAAACACCGUCAAGACAGGAUUAAGAUCUGAUGCAUGCCAGCGCUUCAACAAUGAAUCUAUACUUCUAGAAAAGCAAAGUGCCUUUUUGGAUGCAGAAAAAACUUUGGAUCCACGUGCUAAUGGAAUAAAUGUGCAUGCUGAACAAAAUGAUCUUAAUAUUUCAUUGCUUCAAAAAACAGAAAACUUAACUUUAUCACAUAAUAUUGCGCCUGAAAUUUUAAUCACUUUAUCCAAUUGUGAUGACUCACUAAAUAAGCGUAAUAAAUUCGAUAAAGAUACUAAAAUAUCGAAUGAUAUAAUUAAAGAAGACAAUUUGAAAACAAAAGAUUAUGUUCGAAAACCCAGCAACUCGGAUAGCAAAGUGUAUCAUCUGAGAAAAGAGAAUCUUCGACGUUUUAGAAAUUCUUUACCUGAUACUGUUUCAAAACCUAGUUUUGUAAAUUUUAAAUGCCAGUCAAUUAAUGAAACUGAUAUAAAUAAAUCACAGUCCGAUCAGACUUUUGUAACGUGUGAAGAUAUACUCACUGGUAUUCCAACUCCAGAUUCAAGUUUUAAUAAAGACUUAGUGUUCAAAACACCAAAUAUAAAUAAUUCCAGUACAAAUUCUAUAACUUGGAUGAGUGGGAAAACAUUUUUAAGCUCUCUUUCUACUCCUCAAGAUAAUACUGGCAACAAAAGAGAAAGUAUUGCUAUGAUUUUGAGAAAUAACCCUGGUCAUGUGCAAGCGAAAGUGAGUUUGUAUGAUCAUAAAGCUAAAUACAGUGCAAGUUCUACUCCAAUCAAAAAUCUGCAUAAUGCAGAAAAGUUUUCUGAUUCAAAUGCAUGUCCAAAACGAACAUUAUCACAGAAAAAACACAGAUCAGUGUCUCAUUCAAAAAGCUGCAAUUCAAAUUCUAAAUCAAAUACUGGGAAAACCACUGCAUCUAAAAUUCGUAAAUCACCAGUACCUCCACCACCAAAAUUUGCAAUUAAUAUUUCAGAUGCAUCUUCUCCAAAAAGUAAUUUCCCAUUAAAAGAAUUAACAAACAUAAGUUUGGAAGCUAAGGAAAAUCUUUCUUUUGAGAAGAACAGUCGUAAUACCCCAGUGAAGGACUUAUCUGCUGCUCUUUCAGAAACUGAUUCGCAUGAUUAUAGCAUUUCAAAACUAAAAAGAAAUUCUUAUUCAGGUCAUUCUCCAUAUUACAUACAUCGAAGAGUAUCAAGAUCUGAGAGUUCACCAGUGUUUUUAAAUUUAAACAAGAGGAGAUCUUGCCGUUCACAGGAAUUUUCAAAAAGUCCAUCACUUUUAACAGUUGUAGGUAAUGAGAAUGAUUCAGAAAUGUUAAGUCCUGAACAUCCAUGCACAGUUUCACAAAACAGUUAUCUAAGUGAAAGACUAAUAUCUGAUCAGAAGACUGAUGAAUGGCAAUGUGAUAUAUAAAUUCUCUAAAUUUAUUUUAUCUGUUUAAUAUUGCUUUUAUUUUAAUUUUAGUAAUGUUUAUUGUAUGAACAAGGAAAUAUUUUAUGACCUGUAACUGAAUUCAAAUAAACUGAUAUUUUUAUAUGAUUGAAAAA